UCUUUUCCUCAGUCCCAGAGAGAGGACGUGCGAGAGAGAAACACUGAGAGAACGAGAAAGAAAGAAUGAAACGGAGGAUGAGAGAAUGAGAAGGACGGAAAGAGAGAAAAGAGAGUGACAAGGAGGAGAACAGGAGGAGGGUCUGGAAAGCCGUCACUCACACACACACACACACACACACACACACACAAAGUGAAGCCCAGGAGAGUCCAGGUGGAAGUGGAUUAGAGGUCCAUCACCAAGUUCAUCUCAAUAUCAUAGUGAAAUCUGAACUUCAGGCUCAUUCUGGAGACACCAUCUGCCUCUGCUUCAUCUCACUGGACCGAAUCCGAACAGAACAAAUAAACCCAACAUUUAUACAAUGAAGCCACCCAAAGAGAUUUCUAGAGAGACUGUUACAGCAAGUAAUUGUUUAUGAUAGGACCACAAUGUAUAAAUAAGAAAUCCUUGUCAAAAGGUGAGUUAUUUGAAUAGUGACACACGGAAAUCUGCCUGACCUUUCCAAUGAAUAGUGCUUUCAUGCUGUAAUGAAAUUACAGCAAGCUACAAUACGUCACUUUUCUUUCAAGACAUUGUUGGUGCAUAUGUCUAUACAGAACCGUGACCUGCCUGGUGGAGAUUGUGAUAUAUGAGCAGGGGAGUGUUUGGGAACCGAGAGAAGAAAGAGAGGAAGAGAAAUGUCUGGAUCGCUGAAGAAAAACAAACCCAAAGAGAACCAUAGAUGGUGUUUCAGCUUUUACCGGAUCUGCAGUGGAGUACAUCGCAAAUUGUGAAAUUUCUUUGGCUGGUUUCCAUUGGAACUGGUCCAGGGUGCAUCUAAAGGAACCUCCCGGGACUUUGUUUUAGAAUUUGAGUAAUACUAUAUUACGUUGUAUCAAAAGUAAAACUACAUCUCUGUCUUGCUGUUGAACGGAUUAAAGGAUUUACAGGCUGAAUCUGUAACUCCGAUUUUGCUUUUAUUUAUUUAUUAUUUUUUGGCUUUGAAAGAAGAACAGCACUUGAAACCCUCCCUUCAAGCCAUCCUGACCACCCAUAAGGCACAAAACUUGAGCCAAGGACAGACACGCAGGAAAACUGGACGCUCUAAACCAAAAACUUGCUUUUUUAAUCCCUUGAAGUCGCCAGUCUAGAGAGGGGAGAUGGAAAGCGGACACAACCCUGUCAAGAGAGGGAUCAGCUGGACUGGACAGGGUACCAUGACCCAUGGUACCAUGAUCUCAUGUGAGGAAAACACAGACAGGAUUGGAACUGAUUUCUGGGAAAAGGAGAAGAACAGCUGGGUCAAAGCGAAGCCUCUGCUGACCUCCAGUCCUGAUCGCCCAGCACGGAAAACAAAUCUUGGCCGGAGUGCCAGUUUGUCUGAGAAGGAGCUAAAAGAAGCGAGGACACGAAGUCAGAUCAUUGCUGCACAGUUGACCGUGCCAUCGAACCCCAACUCCCGAGGUGUCCAACUUUUCAACCGCCGCAGAGAAAGAGUGAACGCUUUCACACUUGUGAGUGUUGCUGGAGGAGGACAAGGAAGCCACCAAGAAUCCUGCAAUGAACCUGACUCACCUUCUCCAAGCACAUUAACAUGGACCAAGGAGUGCUCGACUGACAGACAGUUCAAAGAUUUGAAACACAGAAGAAGUGAAACACAGCUCCGGUGGCCGACUGACAUAACACAAAGCAAGGGACAUAAAAUGGAAGAGGCUGGGGAGGUGACGCAUGAAGUGGGAGAUGGUGUGCAAGAGAGGCAUUUUCUCCCCGUAAAUGAUAAAGAUGAAGAGAUUCCUGAACAUGGAGAGGCAGGGAAGUAUGUCACCUCUGGUGGUGACCAUAGUCCUGCUGCUCCUAAUCCUAACCAAGAAAGAGACCAGGAAUUGCAGCUAAAUGGAGCCUAUGGAAGCCCUUCUGAGACUCCUAAAGCCGCCACAAACAGGAGCCAGAGCACUGAGAUCAAUAGUAAAGCAGACGACUCAACAUCAAAGCAGUUGUCCAUCACAAACAGGACAGCUCGGCCCUUUUUCUCCCCUGUUGUGGAGAACUCGACUGAAGCCAGCAGGCUCUCUCCAAGCGUCCCUCCUGCUCCGUCCUACUCAACUUCUCCACUUCCAGCUCCGUAUGAACCACGUGCUACUGCAUAUUCUGGCCAAGAACCUUCGACUUUUGUUAAACCAGCUUUUGCUGUAUCCUCCAGACAAGUGUUCUCCCCUCCACCUCCAGCUCCUUCAUACCCAACCCCUGUGCUUCCUGGCUACAUGAGCCUACCUCCAUCUAUCCCAUCUGAUCCUCCUCCACCAUCAGCCAUGUCUCCUCCUCCAUCACCUGCCUACUGCACUCCCUUGACCACACCAAGCUCCACCUAUUUCCCUCAGCUACUCACUGACAGGAGGUCAGUGACGCCAAUUCGCACGGGCAUCCUAGAUGAAGGCCGAAGUAAGCGGACUAACCGCAAGCCAAUGUUUACGUUUCAGGAGAAGCCAAAAUUAGCUCCAAAUCCCGAGCUCCUGUCUCUGGUUCAGGGAGCAGAUGAGAAGAAAAGAAGCAGAGGACCAGCAGAAACGCAUCAGGAAGAGGAGCAGCUGGCUCUAGGGGCAGAGGCUUCCAAUUUCUUGGUCAAGGAUGAGAGUGGUGUGGAAGAGGCUUUAGUGCCAGAGUGGGCCUCAACACUGAAAAGCUCCAGAACUCGACCCAGGAUAGAGCACAAGCCUGAACAAACUCUGACCAAUGUAUCUGGCAAAGGAGCAGAGCUGUUUGCCAAACGCCAGACCAGAAUGGAGAAGUAUGUUCAUGAAAAUACAGAGGGACUAAGAUCACCUUCUCCCACCACGUCUCUGCCUCCCUCAUGGGUGUAUCCGUCAAACAUGCCCGGCCGUGUCAAGGCCAUGAUAAAUUCCUCCAACAUCACCACAGAACUUUCCAAAACUCUCCAAGCCCAGCAUGCCACACAGAAAAAGAACAUGCCAGCAAAGGCACCAGUACCAACUCCAGUCCUGGAAAACCCGACACUGGAAAAUGGCUGCAGCAGAGUGGAAAUGGAGCUGUCCCGGCACCAGCCUUACCAGCUCAACUCCUCUCUGUUCAUCCUCAACCCAACCAAGGAUCCUGUAAGCACUCUGCCUAAAGCAGCACCCCCUCCCAAACCUGUAGUGAUGGGAUCCUCGUACUCCAAACAGACCUCUCUUCCAUCUACCCCUAUCCCAACCCAGUAUGACUCACACCUCUACAGGUCAGCCCAUUGCUUCUCCCCACCCACAACGCCGAUGGAAUCAGCGAGCAGGAUCAAUGUGACCAGCCCUGUGUCUGGUUCAGCUUCUGAGCGUGUGACUUCUCCUCGGUCGGUCAUCCAGGCACCCAAACCCACCUACUCAACCAAGAAGGCUGGGAUUACCCCACAGGCCAAGGAAGAAUCUCCAGCUGCAACACAGUGCAACAGUCGCAGCAGUCCAACGCCUUGGACACCCAACUUGUCCCGCCGCCUCAGCAGUACAGACAGAUCCCCAGGUGUAGUGUGGACCCCCAACAGCCAGCGCAGCUCUCUGGUCACCUCCCCACAACCAAGAACCAUCCAUAACCCAGUCAACUCUGUUCCCUCCUCACCAUCACCACCAAGGUCGAUCCAUAAUUCCACAACCUGCUCCCCAAACUCAGGCUCUAUUCAUAACCCUGUCACUUCCACUCAAAGAUCACAGUCUAUCCAGAACCCCAUCAGCCCUCCACCAACUCCAAGACCUUUCCAUAACCCAGUCACUUCAUCCUCAACUCCACAGUCCAUGAGCUCCUCCCCAUCACCAAAACCCUUCAAAAGUUCUGUCGCCAUCAUCUCAUUGUCCAGGCCCACCAAUAACCGCACUGCCACCACUCCUGUAUCUCCACCUUGGGAAACCAGGUGCCAAUCCCCCAUCCCUCUUCAAGACACCAAGGCUAAUCACCGCCUCCUAGCCAAGAACAUCAUCAAUGCAGCCAAGCGGAAGAACAGCCUAUCGCCUGGAGCUCUAAGUGGCCAUGGUCUCCUUAUGUCUCCAGUGAGCAGUACCAUUUUGCCCUUUGAGACCAAACCUCCAAGUCCAUUUCAGUCUCGUUCACUAGGUGCUCAGUCACCCACAUUCACCAGCCCCCCAGCUACCCCCACCCAAAUAGUCCGGUCCCCUCUGCGCCUCUACACUACUCGCUCGCUCACUGAUUCGGAUGCCUCACUGGAAUCGGAGGAUUCUGGAAUGCGCUCCCCUGGGAUCCGCAGCCAUAACACCUGCCCUCGUGGCUGGUCCGGAAGCUUGAGGCUCAAAAGGGGUGGAAUGUCAGAAGACCUGUAGGUCGGAGAGAAUGAAGAAUGGACUUUGGACAUGAGCUUGGACCAUUCAAUGGACCAGAACAGUGGUCAUUUGACAUCCUUCUGAAUAUCUGCUUGCCUAUAGAAUUUAGUUUACAACACUUGAUUCAGCUACAACACCUGCCUAUGCUUUUACCAUUCACAAAUUUGGAAAUGUUUUCAUGGAAACCAGAAGGUAAAGAAGAGUACAAGGGGCCUAAAGGGAUUACACCGAUUCUAGAGCAAGUGCAGAGAGUGACUGAUUUCAUCUAAGACAUGAAAUCUUGACAAAUGUUUCAGACUCGGUUUGGAACCGAGUAUCUCAGGCCAGUCAGUUGAGUUGGUGACCACUGGACUAUAGAGCAUGAAUAAGACAAUGAACUGCAAUCUAGGGACCACAGAGAGUGGACAGAAGAACGGACUACAAUCUAGGGACCACAGAAAGUGGACUACAAUCUAGGAAUAAUAGAGAAUGGAUGGGAGAAGGAACUACUGUCUAGGGAUCAUCGAGAAUGGACAGGAGAAUGGACAACAAUUUGAGAACUCCUAGAGAAUGGAUGGGAGAACGCACUAUAAUCAAUGGCUUGUAGAGAAUGGACAAGUGAAUGUCCUCUAAUUUAGAGAUCAUAGAAAAUGGACAACAGAAUGGACUACCUUCAAAGGAUCCUGGAGAAUGGAUAAAAGAAUAGACUACAAUUGAGUCAUGGAGAAUGUGUGAGGGAAUUGGCUAGAAAAAGGAUCAAGACUGAUUCCAAUUUUAUCCCUCUCAUCCCAAAGUGGCCUUUAUGUUUUGAAUGUAAUGCUGGGGAGGUUUGGGAGUUGAUCAGCGCUUGUGUUGUAUGAUGUUAAUCUGCUUGGAUUUAUGAAGCAAUAAUGAAAAACACUUUUUAAAUUCUCUCAAUUAGUGGUAUUCGGUCUCAGUCUGGUUUCACUGCAUACAUUUUUUGCAUUUUAUAUGCUCUGCCACACCUGAUUCCACUCAUGAUGGACUCGGUAAUGGGAAUGAGUGGAACCAGGUGUGUUGAACGAGGGAAAAACAAUCGCCUGUGCAAUAAAAGGGAAGCUCAAGCCUGGCACUGAAUACCUCUGCUUUUAUUGCCUUGCACCUGACUGUUUGUUUCGACAGACAGAACAUUGCAUCUACUUGGAUUUAUUUAACCAAAGACUUUCAGUGGCUUCUGGUGACCAAAGAAAUUAUUGACAUGCGAGUACCUUUGAAGCAGUGUUAUAUUUUAUCACAUUCUACAUUUUGCCUUGUUGACUUUUUGUUGUUGUUGUUGUGUUAAUUUGGGAUUAUUGGAGUCCAAAGGUAUGUAGUUUACUGGCAAUGUUUGUGGUUUGAUACAAACGUGGAAGCAAUGGAUUGGUACAAAACGGCUGAAAGUAAUUUCCGAAAGGGUAGAAGUCCUGAGUAUUUUGUUAAUGAGAAAUGAUUGGGUUUAAUGGCAUUGUUUACAUAUGUCUAUGAAUUAUGUUAUGUGCUAUAAAAGCAGUAACCUGACAGGUAGUUGGCUUUAAAAGACAAUUACUGAAAUGUGCUUUUAGCAAACAGUAAUAGAAGUGAACACAAACUGUCUGGAAAAUGAUGGCGAUUUGGCAUUUAAUCUAAUCCACACUUUAGUAUAUACAGACUCUUGCUUUUAUCUAAACAGAUUAUAAUCUUGUAAUGGAACUAAGAAGGGCAAUGAGUGUGCAAGUUAAGGAAAGUAGAGAUGUGUGACUAGAAUGAAGUAUGUUGGAAUUUGUGAAAAAUCUAGAAAUACAGCAAAUGCGUUGACAAAUGUGAAAAAUGUAGGCUAGCAUACAGCAGUGUUGUGUAAUCGCCUACAUAUUUCAGUUGCAAAAUGGUUUCAGCUUUUGAAGGCAAAAGAAAGUAAUGGAAGACAUGACCUUAGAUUGUGUUCAGGGGUGGACAAAUCUCAAAUUCAUUCGCUAGCCCACCUACCAGGCGAGUAAAAUCCCCAGUGUGCUGCCCAUUAGGCGAAAAGGUAGUUUAUGUAGUAAUGUAGUAACAUAUGGCCAGCUAGUUAGCGAGAAAAUUGAAUCUAUACAGACGAAAUGAAGUGAACACUUAUAUGCUAAUGUAGCGCAUUACAUUUCGAAUAUGAGCCUUGUUGCUCUGUCCUCACAUUGCAUGUAAAAUAUAUCCGUCGAGUCUUAUGGCUAUGUCUUUAUUUUCUAUCUAUAUGUUUAACCAUGAGGUGACGGCAUCUCAUAAGCAAGAGAGUUCUAUGACGGCUUUGCGCUGGACUUUAUUUUGUUCAGUUUUUCCACACAUCUGCAUGUUCCUGAUUAUCAACAAAAUAACCAAUACAUGCUAAUUAAAAAAAUCGUUCUACCGUCCAUCAGCCAGAUUGUGUCUCAGCUGAUGUGUGUGGUGCAGCAGGUUGUGGAGCAUGUGAAAUACUUGCAGCCAAGUAACUAUUGUUUUGGGAGUAAGUCAGUUAGGAGAAUCUGGGUGAAGUUUCCAAAAAGCAUCAUAGCACAAAGACUAGAAGGACACACGGUAGAGUGCAUACCUCCACCAAGCCACUUAUUAUCAACAUCAAAAUCAAAUCCCUUGAAUCUAGGAUAAUACUAAAACUGUCCACCAAAUUUCAUCCAAAUCCGUUCAUUACUUUUUGAGUUGCGUUGGGAACAGACAAAAAUCCUGGAUCCGUGUCCAUAUCUGGAAUCCAGAUCUACAUGCAUAUCUGGAGUUGCAUCAAAAUCUAAUCAAUUAGUCCUUGGUCCAUGGCUCACCUUUCCACCAAAUUUCAUCCAAAUCUGUUCACUACUUUUUGAGUUACAUUGGGAACAAACAAAUAGAAGCUAAAACAACCUCCUCAGUGGUGUGUAUAGAGAUUUCAUGCUCUGUGGAAAUGUCCUCCUCAAACUGGCUGAAAAUAGGUUGGUGGUCCUCGCCUUUCACUACAUAGCCAAGAUGGUGACUAUUGAGUGUGAAAACUGUGCAGUGUUGCACACUCAACAUUUUAACCAUUUUGUGUACACCACCCGGGUACUCAUAGCGUGUUGCUAUACUCGUCAAUGUGAACACGUAUGCAUUCAAAAUAGCUUGUGUAAGUCCAGAUGGAGAAGAAUUGAGACACAAUGUACGAUAAAGUGCCCCUUUUUAUUCAUUGAAAGGUUGCUCAAAGUAAUUUAUUGUGAAAAAAUGCCCAGAAAGAACUAGAAGGGCACUCAGUAGAGUGCAUACCUCGACCAAGUCACGUAUUAUCAACAUCAAAAUCAGAUCAUUUGAACCUAGGAUAAUACUAAAGCUGUCCACCAAAUUUCAUUCAAAUCUGUUCACUACUUUUUGAGUUACGUUGGGAACAGAAAAAAAAAAUCCUGGAUCUGUGUACAUAUCUGGAUCCACAUACACAUCCGGAUUUGGAUCAAAAUCUAAUCAGUUGUUCCUUGACCCAUGACCCACCUUUCCACCAAAUUUUAUCAAAAUUCGUUCACUACUUUUUUGAGUUACAUUGGGGGGAAGCCAUGGCCUAAUGGAACAACUGAAUAACUUUCCUCUGGGACCAAAAGGUUGCCAGUUUGAUUCCCUCGACCAGCAAGAAUGGCUGAAGUUCCCUUGAGCAAGUCACCGAACCCUCAACUGCUCCCCAGGCUGCUCUGAGUAUGUUGUACAUUGCUCUGGAUAAGAGCAUCUGCUAAAUGCCACUAAUGGAUCAGAUUUUUUUUUAAAAUCCUGGCUCCAUGUACAUAUCUGGAUCCUGGAUCCACAUACAUAUCCAGAUUUGGAUCAAAAUUUAUUCAGUUGUUCCUUGGCCCAUGGUCCACCUUUCCACCAAAUUUCAUCCAAAUCUGUUCAGUACUUUUUGAGUUAUGUUGGGAAAAGCAAACAAAUGGAGGUGAAAACAUAACCUGUGCCAAUGAUGCUGUCAGAGGUCAUAAUGGUUGAAUGGUAGAUAGAGUGAGCAUCACACUGAACACUUUCUCUCUAAGAUCUUAAGAACUAUGAUGCUUUUGAGGAAACUCAGCCCUACUUGUGCUGUAAAAACUGACAAAUUUGCUUGUCCUGGAACCCUGGGCUAGUGGUUUGUUCAUCCCUGGUGUAAUUUCAAUGUUUAAUAGUGUCCCUACCUUCCAGUUUAAUUGGGAUUAAUGUAAAGGAAAUAAGCAGGUAAUGACUUUUUAUGAUUGUAUCUUUUCCUUUAAGUUCACCCGAAGGAAUACUUCUCACAAAAACAUGGCCAGUGAAUGUCGAUACCGAUUAUCACAACGCAUCAUUUUGAUCAUGCUAACUGACUUCUUCAUGAACAGAAAUGUUUCUAUUUUGGGUGAGGUUCCUUUAAGGGUCAUUUGGAAAUGUAAUUUUAUAACAAAAUGAACAGGUUAUUGAUAUUGAGAAUGUUCUAGACAUUGAACAAGCACAUGUAUUAAUUUCUUUUAAAUAUGCAAGAUCACUUAUUUUUGCACUUUUUUUGUUCUCUGAAGCACGCAUGGAACACGUCCAGUGUACUCCAAACAAUAUUGAGACUUUUUCUAUAAAUUGCAACCUGUCUCAUUUCUCAUGAGAGCUUUGUGCUGUAUGCAGUAAUGACAGAGGUAAACAUUCCUCACAGCAAGCUCGGAGAGGUGUGAAAAACUGAGUAUCGGAUCCCAUCGAGUAUUUCAUCUCAACACAUGCAGAAGUGAUUCUUCUCUGGAGUCGUGACACUCUAUAUAUUGGUACAUCAGCAGAUUACUGAGUCGUCACUUGCACAUACACCCUGAGUGACAAACACCAGCUGCAGGGUGACCUGGCACCUCGGACCAGAAUAUCGUCUCCAUCAGCCCCUGCAGAACCGACCCCAGCCUUCAUAUGCACUUCUUCAAGCAGUUAGUGUUUAUUACUUUUUUAUUGUUUUUUUGUAUUAUGGAUAUGCAACCAACAUCUAUUUUUGCUCUUAUAAAUGCUGUGUAAUUUAUAAGUAAAUAAAAAAUUGAUUUAAAAAAAUCAAA